CAAGUGGACUUUUAUUGUUUUCCACCCACUUCCAAGUCGAUACUAUCUGCCGUCUCAUGUCCAUCCUAUAGCCUAUAUAAGCGGCUGCGCUGGGGCUGGCGGCGAUGGAGUAGUUUGUGGAUACAACGGGAGCGCAGGGACGGGAGGGGGGCGGGCGGGCCAGCCGCGGAAUACUUGGACUCCCCACCACUCGCGGGCUGCUGCCGUCCGGGGAGCGGCUCCCCGGGGGAAGACACCUCGGCUUCUGGGACGGAGAGACAGUGAAACAGGAGGCCUCUCACAGCAGCAGACCCUUCCUCUUCAUCCCCUCGUGCACUCUUCAGGUCGGACUGCAAUGAGUGGACUGAGGUCUCCUGGGCUGCUGGGGCUGGUACUCUUAAUGCUCUCAGCAGGAUAUUGCAAAGAGAAAACUGACUCCACAGAUUUGAAGGACAAGCAAAGUCUCUUAAAUCUGAUCAUGGAGAUCAUUCAGGAACUGAAGAGGUACCACCUGGAGAAGGAAAGUGGAGUGCAGUACUUCUCCAAGCAUGACUAUAACUUGGAUCGAAGGGAAGUGGCUGACUAUGGAGGAUACCAGGAUGAGCAGAGAGUUGAAAUAGUUCCCAGAGAUCUGAGGAUGAAAGACAAAUUCUUAAAGCAUUUAACAGGUCCACUCUACUUUAGCCCAAAAUGUAGUAAACAUUUUCAUCGGCUUUAUCACAAUACAAGGGACUGCACCAUCCCAGCAUAUUAUAAAAGAUGUGCCAGGCUUCUUACUCGGUUGGCAGUAAGCCCAAUGUGCAUGGAAGGAUAAAGAUGUUAUUACCAUGACAAGAAACACCAAGAACCAAGAGAAGUGCCUUGGAAACCAACAGGGAAAUAGAACUUACUACCUUUUAGCAAAUUCCAUUGUGAACAAGAGAUUUAUUUUUGCAGAUUGACAGACUACUUCCCAUAAUUCUUUUAACAUGCAUUUUGUAUGCCAUCAAGUUUGCAGAUUGACAUUCUUUACAGUAGCAUAACUGCCAGUAGUACUUAAUGCUCCGUACUUAAAAACACACUUUACAAUUGAUGUGUAAUG